AUGGUUAACCCUCCUAAACAGUCUAUUCCUGCUCCAGUCCAGAGCAAAACCUACUACGGUCAAGAGGCAAUUUCUCGUCUUUGCGCACGGUUCAUAACGCAUCUCUUUGGUUGUCCCGAACGGCCGCCGAAUCAGUCAGGCUGGCAUGUCGAACUACCGUAUUACAUCGCAUACGCCAUCUACCGCACCAAACUCCCAGAAUGUGUUGUAUUCUCAGCCUUGGCCCUCUUACAGCGGUUAAAGUCUCGAUUUCCUUCGGCAAAAGGCUCCUCUGGUCAUAGGCUCUUCAUUUCCGCCUUUAUGAUUGCUUCCAAAGUCAUGUGCGACGAUACGUAUUCGAAUAAAUCCUGGAGUGUCGUCGCUCAGGGGAUGUUCACAGUUCGUGAAGUCAAUCAAAUGGAACGAGAGAUGUGUGGCUACCUAGAUUGGGAACUCACCGUCGAUGGAGAAAUUCUCACUCCGUUCCAGGCCCGGGUCACUCAGGAUUUUGCCCCGCUCCACGGUCCAUAUCCAAUCUAUUCUCUUCAGGAUGUAUCCAAGCACGCUCCAAAAGCAACCGCUUCAAAGCCAAAUUCUCCAGCCCCCUCCCCAGAUUCUCUCAAUCCCCAUUUCCCAUCCUUCAGCCAACGUCAUCCUUCCCCUGCAAAGACGCCGACGGCUACCGCCCCCAUCCCUAUGCCACGUUCUUCAUCCACUCGUUCCGAACGGCUUCAUGUGGCUAUCAAGACGCCUUCUCCCAGUUACUCCAACAGUACCUCCCCUGCAUCCUCUAUAUCGCCGCAAACACCAGUAGGUGGCGAAGACUUUUACACUCAGAUUCAGGAUUUCGCUACCACUUCACCGCCCGAAUUUUCCAUCAAGGAGAAGACCAUUACUGGCUGGCCUGUAAACCAUCCUUUGAAGAACGACAUAUUUGCCCGUGCGGUACCCGCAGCAUGGUAG